AUGGAUCUAAAUUUCGAAUACAUUGCUGCUCAUAUAAGCGAUUAUAUUAAUAAUGAAAACUUCUUCGAUACAUUUGAUAUCGAAGAUAUCAAAACAAUCAUGAAACAUUCACGAUUGACAGCUGAUCAAUACGUUUGUCUUCUCAAACAAUCUUCAUCAACUAUUAACGCAAGAAAACUAUAUACUUGUACACUAAAUGCAAAUGUUACUAUCAAAAACUUCGAAGAAAUUGUUUCAAUUCUGAAAUCUAUCAAAAAAUACAUGAAAUUCAGUAUAUUUGAUGGUAUUAUUGAUUUUUUAAAACAUAAUGAGAAAGUAAUAAACCCUUCUACGUACGAUGCAGAAAUAUUUCAAGAUAAAUCCAAAUCAUAUCAAAAUGAAAAUAAAAAUUCGAACAAAGAUAAGAUAAUUAAUGUAACAAAUGAAAAUAACGAUCAUUCACGAGAUAUUUUAACAAAAAUCACAGAACUUAAGAAAUCUAAUGAUUUUCAAACCGUUUACAAAUUCCUUGAUGAACUUUCUUCUUACGGAAACCAUGAAAUGAUUUCAAAAUCAAUCGAAGCAGGACUUUGGCAAAAGAUAACUCCUAACAAGGAUAAAUAUGGUUAUAAUAGGAAUGUUCUAUAUUUCGCAAUUGAAAACGGAAAUUUCAGACUUGUACAAUCACUAAUGGAAUGUGGUUGUGAUAUAGAAACAAAGCACAUUUUUAGAAAUACUCCACUCAUUCAUGCAUCAGAAUAUGGUCAACUUGAUGUUGUUCAAUAUCUUAUCUCAGUUGGUGCUGAUAAAGAAGCAAAGGAUAAUUCUGGAUCUACUCCACUCAUAUGUGCAUCAUAUGAUGGUCAACUUGCCGUUGUUCAAUAUCUUAUCUCAGCUGGAGCUAAUAAAGAAGCAAAGAAUGAUCUUGGAUGCACUCCACUCGCUUUGGCAUCACAAAAUGGUAAACUUGACGUUGUUCAAUAUCUUAUCUCGGUUGGAGCUAAUAAUGAAACAAAGACUGAAUCUGGAUCUACUCCACUCAUUCAUGCAUCAAUUAAUGGUCAUCUUGAUGUUGUUCAAUAUCUAAUCUCAGUUGGAGCUAAUAAAAAAGCAAUGAAUAAUUAUGGAAAAACUGCACUAAUGGUUGCAAAAGGUGAUGUAUGGGAUUACUUAAAAGCUAUUUGUGCAAAUUAA